AUGAAGCGUGCAACACUUCUCCCUCUGGCGCUGUUGGUGCAGGCAUCGCUGUCCCUCGCAGGCACCAAUCGAGGUCAUCGCCAGAUCCCCUUCUCUUUUCCGUAUGAACCUUCGUCUUCCGCAACAACACAGUCAACACCCAUCGAUGACAAAGUGUACGAAUCCAGAUUAGGCGCACGACUAGUCGAAGAUGACGAUCCUAGCCCGGUCCCUUCAGUCCGACUGUCCCAUGCGGGCCUGUAUAUCAAUCAAGCCCACGCACCAUCUCUCAUCCACCGUCCAGAUCACUCUAACGACACCGAUCCAUUUCAGCCUCAGCCACUGAUCGUACACUUCGAUUCGACACUAUACAGCCCUUCUACCGCCACCGCUUCCCUCGGGCCAGUACGGUUGAGGACGCGAGACCAAGUAAUGCUGCAUUGUGGGAAGGACACCGGUGGCAUUGAGGCGUGCGAGCGGGAUGAUCUCAAACUGACCCCUCCCAGCGACCCCAAAAAGAAGACGAAAUCCCACAAAGAAAAGGCAAGUGCGAAAUGGAUUCACGAAUCGGCAGGAUCACUCGACUGCGAAGCGAGCUCUCAGUCGCUCAGUCCGGACGGACGAUUCUAUCUCGACGAACGCUCUUGUCCUGGUUGGUCAAAGUACUGGUCUUCCAUCGAGACCGCACGCAAGGAGUCCACCCAGGAAGUGCUACAGAGCUUCGUCGUCUCCGUACAACUCUCGCCUCUCGAAGGGAAGGAGGAAGAAGGGAAGCAGUUCUGGAUCGGACACCUGCAUCUGGACCAAUCUCGUGCAUCGUGGCCACUCGCAGGAAACGCAAGAGAUCGUAGACCUGGUCAAAAAGAUCGCACCUGGCAUCCACAAGAUGUGAAUCGAAUUGCAGGGUUGAUGGAGAACCCAAUGAUCCCUAAGUCAUCAAGAUUCGUGAAUGAUAGGAACUACGGAGUGUUCGUCGAUCAAUCAGCUUGGACGUUGGGGGUGCAGAUUAAGGUGCCGCAAUCGAUCACUAAUCCGCGGGACGAUGACGAUGAUGACGACCCAGAAGAUAUGCAUCGGAAGGGAAAAGAGGGCAAGGUGGGGACAGAGAUGAUCUUGCCACCGGAACAAGUCUUUGCUCCGGUUAGUGGGCAGGUUGUUUGGGCGCGAGAAUACAAGUUCCGCAGGCCACCGCUCUUCGGUCCUGCAGCAGGCGAGAAUGAUGAGGUGAACUUUUGUGUUAUGAUCCGCGAUGAAUGGUCGAUUGUUUAUCAGAUCUUCGGGAUUGAUGCAUCUACAGUAGGGCUGAAGGAAGGAGACACAGUGUUGAGGGGUGACGUUUUGGGGCAUGCACUACGAGAAGGACUUUCGUUAGAACCGCCAAGCACAGAACCUCCUGCGGACCACCCAGCGUCUAAACCAGACAAAGGUGUCUCUUACUACCGCCACCGAUACCGCAACUUGCAGGUCCGGGUUUCUCGACCGGACCCAACUUGGACCGAGUGGAAGGAUGCAGACACUCGCGGCUGGCAAUACUUCCACCCUCUCCACGUGUUCACUGAGGGUAACAAGGGAUAUCGAUCCAGCAUCCCACCAUAUGGCUCCCCGACAGUGGUAUACUUUGCAAAGCCGAGUAGGGAUCCGUUGAAUACACCACCGAACGCGUAUGCGACAAGCAAUGAUUUCUGGACUCCCACACUGCAAGGUCCCACCGAGAUAAUCGUGGGGUUCGAAUCCUUCCAGCAAACGCCUGGAGAUCCAGCCGACGGGAUGGAAAAUCUAGCGGUGUAUGCGUUGGACGUUGCUUUCAAGAAAAAGAUCGCGGGACAGAGAGAGCCGAUCGGGGGUAUGGAGUGCGAUUUAGGAGGAGAGACAGAUCCGAGCGGGGUGGGUGAACAAGGCAAAAAGUACUGGAGAAACGUUUUUGAGCAUUCGAAACUUCCUAAUAACUGGUCUGGCUCUUCUGACUCCUUUCAUGCUACCAACGCUUCAUCCCUAGCCGAGGAUGAGGAUGGAAGGGAGGCUGAGGUAGGAGGAUAUGGAUGGAGAAGCAAGCUCUUCGCGCAUUACAUGCCUGCGUUUUCGCACGGGAGAUUCUUCCCGGAGAAGAUCACGAGUCAGUUUGACGAGAAGGAGAAGAGGCUAUAUUACUCUGCGACGAGGACGACGAGGGGAGAGCCGAAAGUGGGAGGUGCGUUCAAUGUGCAGGGUAUCAUUGAUCAGGAGGGGGAAGAGGAGGGAGGGAGAGGCAAGUAUAGGUUGGUGGUUAGGGCGAGGGAUUAUUGGGGUAAUGUUGGAUGCGUUGCUUCUGAUGUCUGGCUUGCAUGA